AUGGACAGAGGGCAGAGUCAGGGAAAGAGAAAGAGAGCAGAGGAAGAGAGCAUUGAGGGAGCAUCGACUUCUUCGUUCAUGUCCCCAAUACCCACAGAUGUAGGUAGCGGUCAAUACGACGUGUUCUUGAGCUUUAGAGGCUCGGAUACCCGCAAGGCAUUCACCGAUCACCUCUAUCAUAGUCUGAUCAAGGCAGGGACUGUACCGGUUUGCGUGUUCAGGGACGAUAACAGCAUACCAAUUGGCAAGGAAUUUGGUUCACAGAUUCUCGAUGCCAUCACGCGGUCCAAUAUUUCAAUCCCCAUCAUAUCGGAAAAUUAUGCUUCGAGCAAAUGGUGCCUCCGCGAACUCAUUCAUAUCAUGGACUGCAAGAAGAGCACGUCACACAUAGUGCUGCCCAUUUUUUAUAAAGUUGCCCCAUCGGAUGUGCGGCAUCUAAAAGGAAAUUUUGGAAACGCCUUCCGUCUGAGUCAGGUGCGUUUUGAUGAGAAGGAUAUCCAGGAAGGGCAACGAGCACUUAAUGAAGUUAGUUACAUAAAUGGAUGGGAAUCCGAGAAAAUUGCUAACCGGCAUGAAGGAGAAUUGAUAAAACUUGUGGUCAAAACUGUUCUAAGCAAGUUACAGGAAGAUUUUCAGCUAGAUGUUCCUAGGCAGCUAGUUGGACUUGAUGAUCGUCUGAAGGAAAUCAUGGAUUGGAUUCACAGUCCUUCCAUCAAUGCUCGAAUGAUUGGAAUUUAUGGCAUGGGCGGGAUAGGCAAGACAACGCUGGCCAAGUGCAUCUACAAUCAACUCUUAGAUAAAUUUGAGCGUGUCAGUUUCCUUCCAAAUAUUCAAGAAAAAGCUUCCCGAUGCGAUGGUGUUGAGGCACUACAAAGUCAACUAAUAUCCGAUAUAUUACAUAGCGAAGAUAAAGUGACUAGAAUUGAUGACGGAAUCAAUAUAAUCAAAUCUAGAUUUGAAGGAAAAAAGGUCCUCAUUCUUCUGGAUGAUAUAGAUCACAAGAAUCAUCUAGAUUGGUUGGCUAGGGAAUGUAGUUGGUUUAUGGCAGGGAGUGUGAUCAUUGUUACAAUUAGAAAUGAAGCCGUUCUUGAUCAAUCUGAAUUCGAGGUAGAUUACAAGUAUGAAUUGAAUGAAUUGGAUGAGGAGCAUGCUUUACUUUUGUUUAACACACAUGCAUUUUGUAUGGACCAAUCUCCGAGGGACUUUGAGGGUAUCUCUCGUGAUAUCAUAUCCACCAUGGGUGGGCUUCCCUUGGCGCUUCAGGUCGUAGGUUCAUACUUGUAUAAAAAAACGAAUCGAAAAGUAUGGGAAGAUGUGCGGAAGCAAUUAAACAACCAACCACAUAGAGAUGUCCAAAAGAUAUUGCAAAUUAGUUAUGAUGCAUUAGAAGAUGGACAUAAGCAGAUUUUUCUCGAUAUUGUUUGUUUCUUUAUUGGCUUUAGCGAAGUGCACAAAUACGCCAUGUACAUGUGGGAGGGCUGUGGGUUUUAUCCGAGUCAAGGAAUUGAAGAGUUGAAGUUGAGGUGCUUAAUUAAAAUUGAAGAUAGAGAUAAGAUAGCAAAAUACCCUUAA